GAAAAAAAAAAAAAAAAACAUAGAAAAUUUAUUAUAUUUAAUAGCAAAACAAUUUAAUAAAUGUUUUGUAUCUUUUUGCCUCUCGGUGAUGAUUGAAAGUGACAAAAUUUCGACAUCAAUUGAUACAAUUAUUUUAACAUUAAUUUAAACUACUUUGAGAAACUGAGAAGAAAAAAACAAUAGAAAAAAAAACGUUAAUUGCCUAUUUAACAAAAGAAAAAAACAAUAACAUUUAUUGAAAAUUUCUCGCUCAAUAUUAUUGAUUUUAUUAUUAUUGUAAAAAAAAAAACAAAAAAUAUGGUUUAUUUACGCGAUAGAGAACGCGAACGUGAUCGCAUGCAAAAGCAUGUUGAACGCAUUAUACAUGAUGAGGAAUUCGGUGAAGAAAAUGUCGAACAAGUCGAUUCUGAAUGGGCUGAUUUUGAGAAAUUUAUUCAUCAGUUACGCCAGCGACGCAGUAGUACAACAUCAAUGGAGGAAGAAUUGCGACAUGCCCAACGACAGCCACGCAUUAAAUCGCAAGCAUUUUAUCCUUGCCCACCGCCAGCUGAACACGGUCGUGACUCUGAUUCAUCAUCAGAUGAUGAUGAUCCUUUUGGUUAUCUCGAUACUGCUAUGUAUGGCCGUUAUACCAAAGAUUUAGGAGAAUUUGCCAAAGAUGAAGCCAGAAAACUCAAAUUACUUGAAAAACGACGAAAAUUGGAGGACAAACAGAGGAAUAAGGAACUCUUAGGUAAACGCAAAUCACGUGCAUUUAAAGUAACAUCAUGGAUAUGGAAACAUACAUUUGCCCGUCUCGGAGAAGAUUGGGUAUUUUUAGCAUUAUUAGGCAUUAUAAUGGCCCUGCUAUCGUAUGUCAUGGACAAGGGCAUUUCAAUAUGUACCAGUGCUCGUGUUUGGUUAUAUCGCGAUCUAACCUCACAACCUAUAGCUCAAUAUUUUGCCUGGGUUUCCCUGCCCGUCUGUUUGAUUUUAUUUUCUGCUGGUUUUGUACAUUUAAUAGCACCACAAAGUAUAGGUUCCGGUAUACCCGAAAUGAAAACAAUUUUACGUGGUGUGGCCCUAAAAGAAUAUUUAACAUUUAAAACAUUAGUGGCCAAAAUUGUUGGUUUAACGGCAACUUUGGGCAGUGGUAUGCCAUUAGGAAAGGAAGGUCCAUUCGUACAUAUAGCAAGUAUUGUAGCACAAUUAUUAAGUAAGCUAGUAACAUCAUUCCAAGGUAUCUAUGAAAAUGAAUCGCGUAAUUCAGAAAUGUUGGCAGCCGCCUGUGCGGUGGGUGUGGGCGCUUGUUUUGCAGCACCCGUAGGAGGUGUCUUAUUUAGCAUAGAAGUAACUACAACUUAUUUUGCCGUGCGCAAUUAUUGGCGUGGUUUCUUUGCGGCCGUUUGUGGUGCUACCGUUUUUCGCUUAUUGGCCGUUUGGUUUCAAAAUGCCGAUACAGUGCGUGCGGUAUUUUUAACCAAUUUCACCACCGAAUUUCCUUUUGAUCCUCAGGAAUUAUUUGUAUUCGCUUUAAUGGGUGUUGUUUGUGGUUUGGGCGGUGCUGCUUAUGUUUGGGUCCAUCGCCGUUAUGUGUUAUUUAUGCGUUCAAAUAAGAAAAUGAAUAAAUUUUUGCAGAAAAAUCGCUUUUUAUAUCCCGGUUUCUUGGCUUUAUUGGUUUCAACUCUAUCCUUUCCAUUGGGCACCGGACAAUUUAUUGCCGGUGAAUUGGGCACUCACGAACAGGUCACACAAUUGUUUAGCAAUUUUACUUGGAGUCAGGAUUAUUUAACGGUGGAACAGGCAGCCAUUGUCACGCAUUGGAUGACACCCUACACAAAUGUUUUCAUCAACUUAUCCUGUUAUGUGCUAUUCACGUUUCUAUUUUCCAUUGUGGCUUCCACCAUACCAGUGCCCUCGGGUAUUUUUAUUCCCGUGUUCAAAAUUGGUGCCGGUCUGGGACGUUUAAUAGGUGAAAGUAUGCAUCUGUGGUUCCCCUCAGGUGUGCGCUAUGGUGGCCGUCUUUCACCUAUAAUCCCAGGGGGUUAUGCUGUUGUGGGGGCAGCCGCUUUCUCAGGAGCUGUUACCCAUACCGUUUCUGUAGCGGUGAUAGUGUUCGAAAUGACUGGUCAGAUAACUCAUGUGGUGCCUGUUAUGAUAGCUGUGCUAAUUUCCAAUGCCAUAGCUGCUCUUCUGCAACCGUCCAUGUAUGAUAGCAUUAUUUUAAUUAAAAAAUUGCCCUAUCUGCCCGAUUUAUUGCCCUCUUCCUCGGGCAUGUACAGCAUAUAUGUAGAAGAUUUCAUGGUGCGUGAUGUCAAGUACAUCUGGCAGAAUAUUACAUAUCAAAAACUCAAAGAAGUUUUAAAAGCCAAUAAAACCUUACGUUCCCUGCCCUUGGUAGAUAAUCCAGAUAAUAUGAUCUUACUGGGUUCCGUACAACGUUAUGAACUCAUUAAAAUGAUAGAGAAACAUAUUGGCCGCGAGAAACGCAUGGAAAUGGCACAAAAAUGGCAUAAGGAAGCCGAGGAAAGAGCCCGCGAAGAGGAGCGCAAGAAACUUGAAGCUGAACAAAAAAUGAGACGUCCCUCACGUUUUGAGGUGCUGCCUGCUCCCGAUAUUAUUAGUUUGCGUCAAAUAGCCAACGAUGAAAUGUUACCGCCCAAAAAGAAACAAGAAUCUUUAAAUAAUACUUUACAGCCUCGCAAAUCGAUUUUAAAAAAGACAAAUUCCUUUAAUCUUAAAGCCUUCGCACCUACCUCAUUACACAGUCCCAACAUAACGCCAUAUACCACAAUAACUGGUACCGAAUACCGCAUACGCAAUGCCUUUGAGGCGAUAUUUAAGAAAUCAACCACCUUGCAAGAUGUUCAACCGGCCGCAGGAGAUGCGGGCAAUAUAUCGGCCGCCACUAGUGCGGGCGAUAUGACACCGGGUACUCCGUCGGUGCAUAGGACACCAAGUACACCGGGCAUAUCGAAAAAAGUUCAAUUGCAAGCACAAAGCUCAUCUGAGGGAUCAGAUAUUACAACUGAAUCUAUGCAAGUACCUGGCGGUACUCAGCCGAAACAACAAGAAAAACUCCAUUUAAAUCAUUUAACCACCACCAAAUCUUUCACUUCCAAAUGGAGAAGAAUUCACGAUCAAAGUAAAACAAAUGCCAAAAAUAAAAAGCUCAAUACUGCAAACGAAGAAAUUCCUACCGAAACUACAGUCGAAUUGCAGCCCUUAAGAUCAAUAUUGAAAAAUCGCAAAAUUAGUAAAGAUGCUUACUAUCACAAUCUUUCAGAGGCAGAAUUUGACGCUAAAGUAUUAGAGAAUACAAAAGAGAAUCAGAUCAAUAAACCUUCGAUUAAAACAAUUCUAAAGAAACAUGAUAAUCUGAAAACUAUUCUGAAACAAGCUCAACAAUUGGAUGAGGCCAAGCCUACACAACAAAUGCCCAAUCAUAGGGGAGCCUUGGAAAUAGUUAAUGAAAAAGGGAAUUUAGAAAAAGAGAAUGAAAAUGUAAAUGAAAGUAAAACUGAUAUACAUUUGACUAAUAAGGAAAAAGGUGGUACCGAAAAGCCUCUAGAGGAGUUUGAAAAGGAAAAGAGUUUGAUGGGAAGUCAAGAUUUAAAGUGCCAUGAUGAUGCUAUGUCCUAUAAAAGCAGUAUUAAAAAAGUUAGAUUGCCUCGAGAACGUGUCAUCGAUAUGUCACCGGAAGAUCAAAAGAAAUGGGAAAUGGAAGAAAUGCAAAAGCCUAUUGAUUUGGAAAAAGCCAAUGUACAUAUCGAUCCAUCGCCAUUUCAAUUGGUCGAACGUACUUCCAUACUCAAAGUUCAUUCCCUGUUCUCUAUGGUCGGCAUCAAUCAUGCCUAUGUCACCAAUGGCCGUUUAGUGGGUGUGGUUGGUCUUAAAGAGUUGCGCAAAGCCAUCGAAGACAUCAAUAGCAACAGUUUCGUUGUGCAAAAUCAAUUAAAAGACAGUGAUCCCAACGAUGUGGAAAAAUCGGCUGUAGAACGGCCUCUACUGUUGCCCCAGGAUUGCAGUGAUAAACAGGUCAAUAUGACAGUCACCUCAAUGGAUUCAGCUCUAUCGAAUUCAGACAAUUGCUCUGACAUUGAAAUGGAAAAUAUACAACAUAAAAUACAUCCAACACCACCACCCACCAGAAGAAAUCAAUCACCUUCACCACCAUCUCAUCGAAAUCAUUCACCUUCACCACCAACCAACCGAAAACGUUCCAUAUCACCACCACCUCCAGCAACAUCUGCUUCAGAUGAUAAUUUAAGUCCAAAGUCUUCACCUACUACAGAUUCUUCCAAGGACUAACGAAGUCAAUAAGCAGGAAUCAUUUAAGUUGAAUUCUAUACGUAAAUAGUUAAAUUACAUUGUUUAUACAUUAAAUAGAUAAAUAAUAACAAAGAAUUAUAAUAAUUUUAUUAAAAAAAAGUAAUUAUUUUUAUGAAUUACUAAAUUAAGUUUGUAAUUUAUUUUUAAAAAAUAUAAAAAAAAAAUGUGUAAUAAUAUUCUAUGUUGAUGAUGAUGCUAAAAGUUAAAACUGUUUUUAUUAGUUCGUAAGUCAUAUCAAUUUGUGUGUAAAAUUUAUUUGUAAAUCAAUGUGAAAUGUCGCAAAUUGUUUUUAAUUUUAUAUUUUUAUCAAUUAUCACAUUUUGUUAUAUUUUUAUGUAUUUUAUAGAAGACAUUUUUAAACUAAACCAA